UUACGCUUGAUAAUUAUUAUUUAUUCAAAAGUAAACAUUAGGAUGACCGCUCGUGAAGAGAAGAAAGACGAUAUGGUGAGAAGAUUUGUUUAAUUUCGAAUAACAGAAUGAUAAUCGAAUGAAUUUAUCUCAGAACGAUGAAGACAAGAGGUUACAAGAAGAUUUAUUGCAAUUGGUCGACGUAUUGAUGGGAAAAGACGAAAAGGCAAUGGCACGUGCUCUGGUACAUCUUAGAAUAUUAAUGCAAACGUCGACCACUUCGAUGACCUCGGUACCAAAGCCAUUGAAAUUUCUUAGAGAUUAUUACGCUCGAUUAAAGGAUGCCUAUUAUAAAAUCGAAAAAAACGACGACAUUAAGAGACAAUUUGCCGAGAUUUUGAGCGUUUUAGUUAUAGUUGGAACAUCUUCAAGCUCGAGAGAAUGUUUAGAUUUUUGUAUAAAAGGAUCGGUCAAAAAUCCUGGCGAGUGGGGUCACGAAUAUGUUAGACAAUUGGAGGCAGAGAUCGUCGACGAAUGGACCAGCGCACCGAUCAAGGAAGAAAAGGACAUCAGGUCACAGCUUACGCCUUUGAUCGAGAGCAUCGUGAAGUUCAAUAUGAAACACAAUGCCGAAAUACAAGCCUGUGAUCUGUGCUUGGAAAUUGAUCAAAUGAAUUUUCUACAUGAGCAUUUGGAUUCUAAUAACUUUUCGAGAGUGUGUCAUUACUUGACGAAUUGCGCCGCUUACAGCGAAGACACGGAGAGAAAACAGAUAUUGGAAUUCGUAUUCGAUCAAUAUAUGAUAUUCGGAGAGUAUAGUAAAGCCAUGCUAAUUGCAUUACAACUGGCCAAUCCGGAUUUGGUAUUUAAGUGUCUUUCUACCUGUCCAGAUUCUUUGAUACGAAAACAAUUAGCAUUUCUGAUUGCGAGACAACAGAAUCAUUUAAUGAAGAAGGAAUAUCAAGAAGAAGAUGCACAGGAUAUCGAGACUAUACUUACCAAUGGACAUGUCAAUGGCCAUUUUCAAAUAUUGGCCAGAGAAUUGGAUAUAUUAGAGCCUAAAUUACCGGAAGAUAUUUACAAGACCUGGUUGGAGACAGGAAUCAGAAGAGAUAUCGAUUAUGAUUCUGUCAGAUCGAAUUUAGCUUCUAGCUUCGUUACGGCUUUCGUUCAUGCUGGUUUCGGCGAAGAUAAACUUAUGGCAAAUACCAAAGACUGUUGGGUAUACAAAAAUAAGGGACAUACGAUGCUAUCGGCAACUGCAUCCUUAGGUCUGAUACAUCUUUGGGACGUGGAUGGUGGAUUAGUACCGAUCGACAAGUAUCUUUAUACGAAUGACGAUUACAUCAAGUCAGGUGCUCUAUUGGCAAUCGGAUUAGUAAACUGUGGAGUUCGAAAUGAAUGCGACCCAGCCUUGGCCCUGUUAAGCGAUUAUGUUCUCUCUACCAGCGAAAUUCUACGAAUUGGUGCGACCUUAGGAUUAGGUUUGGCUUAUUCUGGCUCUCAACGGUCAGAUGUUGCGGAACUUUUGAUAUCGGCAUUAAACGACAAACAGAGUACCAUGGAAAUUAUCGGACUUUCCGCGAUUGGUUUAGCUUUGGUCUACGUUGGUACGGCCAAUUCUGACGUCUCCUAUGUCAUAUUGCAGAAGUUAUUAGAACUUACGAUCGAGCAAUUGGCUAAUACGCAUUACAGGUUUUUAUCACUGGCCUUGGGAAUACUUUACAUGAGUUGCCGGGAUGUUAUAGACACUCCAUCAGCUGCAUUAGAAGUUUUACCUGAACCAUACAGACUAGCUUGUCAAACUAUGUUACAGAUUUGCGCAUACGCUGGAACUGGUGACGUUCUUAUCGUCCAAGAACUCUUAAGAAUUUGUUCGGAACCCGUUAAUGGCAAGGAAAGUAUCUAUGGUACACCAAUUACGACUCCUGUUGCCAGUUGUUGCGAUCAUGGAAAACACGUGGUUUCUAAUUUAACGACAGACGAUAAUCAAGCGAAGAACAAGACUCCUAAUUCCAAAGAAAUUGGAAUAUCACAAGCGAUAGCGUCUCUUGGAGUUGGAGUGGUUGGUCUCGGUGAAGGCAAAGAAAAUUCGAGGAUUUUUGGACAAGUAGGACGAUACGGUCCGACCCAAGCAAGACGAGCGGUACCCUUAGCUAUGGCCCUUUCGUCUCUUUCUAAUCCAGAACCGGCACUCUUAGAUGUUUUGAACAAAUAUAGUCACGACAAUGACGUGGACGUUGCUCAUAACGCAAUAUUAGCUUUAGGAUUGGUCGGUGCUGGAAGUAACAAUGCGAGAUUGGCGACCAUGCUUAGACAAUUAGCUGCCUAUCAUGCCAAAAAUCCUUCUCAUUUAUUUCUCGUACGAAUUUCUCAAGGUCUCGUGCAUUUAGGGAAAGUAAGUUGGGAAUGUUCGUGCCAAGUUCUUCUUACUUUUUCUUCCUCUGUUAAAUUUUUCAUUUAUCAGGGUACGUUAUCGUUAUCACCGAUGCAUUAUUCAUCGAGAAUCUUGGAUCGAACGGCACUGGCUGGAUUAAUGGUUGUUCUGGUUGCAUGUUUGGAUUGUAGGAAUUUGAUAUUGGAUAAAUCUCAUUACUUGAUGUACUGUUUAGCUACGGCCAUGGAACCACGAUGGUUGGUCACUUUGGAUAAGGAUCUUAAGACACUUCCUGUUUCCGUUAGAGUUGGCCAAGCCGUAGACAUCGUUGGCAAGGCUGGCAAUCCAAAAUCCAUAGCUGGUGGUAACGUUCAUACGACCCCAACCCUUUUAAUGCAUAACGAAAGGGCGGAGUUGUUGUUAGACGAAUAUGAACCUUUGUCCAGCAUGCUGGAAGGGUUUGUUAUUUUAAGAGAAAAAGCAGAAUCUUCCUAAGCGAACCUUUUGAUCUUUUUAAAUAAACAUUGAAAUACUUUCUUCACCCACAAAGCUAAACUUUGCCAUAUAAAAUGACUUAGAAGCUGGUACGGAAUUCAGUUUUUUUUCUUUUUUUUUUUUUAUAUAGGUUUGCGUUUAUUUAACUUUAGGGACUAGCGGAAGCAAUGUGCUUUAUACAACAGAAAUGUACAUUGGUAUGCAUUGCACAGUGGGAACAACAACGUUGCACCAUGAUCAAAGUAUUAGACAGAUUUUCAACAUCUGUUUCCUCAUUCUUUUCUUCCUUAUCUCUCAAGCAUGGCUAAUUCUAUACCUUAAUUAUAUAUAAGUAGGGUAAAUAAAAGUUUCACGACGAAAGCGAGUUUAUAACUCGAAUACACGCAUGUAUACGCGUGUUCGUUCCAACGACGUAAAAAAGAACAAUUUUUGGGGAGAGGGGACUAAAAUACUUCGACGGACUUUUUUUUUUCUUAUCUCGUUCCUUUUGAUAUUUUUUCACAUGCGUAGAAUACACAUAGGUAUAUCAUGGUGCGUUUUCCUUUCAUAUCGAAAGAUGUAACAUAUAUACGUAUGUUGUGUAUUUGUAUGUGUGUUUGUAUGUAUGUAGUAUUUAUGUAUGUAGUAUUUAUGUAUGUAUGUAUUUAUGUAUGUAAUAGGUAGGUAGAUAGGUAUAUGAAUAAGUCCAAGUUACGUGUACGAGAGAUCAUGGCGCUCGUUCCUUACUUUUCCCUUUUGCUUUUUAUCUUUCUUUCUUCUUCUUAUUAUUUAUUUAUUUAUUUUUUUUUCUUUUUUUUUUUUAUUAUAUAUUAUAAUUACCCUCCUCGUAAAGAAACUGUGAGAAAACGCAAGCUUUACAUGUAUAUGCACAUGUACAAUGUGUGUAACACUACGUACUCUUUGUAUUUUAAUUUCUAACGAACAUUCUUCUUCUUCUUCUUCUUCAUCAUCAUCAUCUCUUCUUCCUUCAUAGGCACAUGACUUAGGGUAAGAGGCGAUAUUUUUUUUUUCUUCCUAAUGAAAAGCACGCUUCACACGUGCGUCGCAUGUGUUAUUAACUUGUUUCCCUUGGUGUAUAUAUGUACUUUAUGUAUGUGCAUACGUGAAUGCGACGAUGAGAACUCGAUUUUGAAUUAAUCCUUUACUUUCACGUUACGUAUCUUCUUUUUCCUUUUUUUUUUUUUUUUUUUUAAUUAUAAUCGAUGCUGACUUUGAAUUGUUCGAAUAUGUUCGAUGU